AAUGAUUGGUCAGCUUGUAACUAAGGGUCGAAUGGAAUAGAACUUUCGUUCGAGAUGAGGGCCUUUAAAAGGCAAGUAUUCCGAAGGACACUUGUCUCAGUUCAACUCAGCUGUCCGCUCGCUUGGCUGUUUAACUUUGGCACCUGAUCGAUCGGUUUUUUCAGUUAGUCUUCCAAAAAAAAAAAAAAGAUAUUUGUUCUUUUUCCAGCUAUAUCCAUUCUUGAAACUUAAGAAUUUUCGAUUUGAAAAAGAAAAAAGAAAAGAAAAGAAAAAGGAAUGGAGCUACUCCCCAAACGUCCGUCGCCCCUUCUCAACAUUCAAAACCCACCGAUUGUUAAUAAGUGUUCUCUCUCACCCGAAAAGUCACCUAAUCGUGCUCCGUGCAUCUCAUCUCAACAUUCGUCCAUCGGUUUGCCAGCACCCGACUCCUCCUUGGAAUCGUACUACAAUCUUUCCGGAUUUGGGCUAUCCAACAGCAUAGAGUUAGGAGAGCUUGUCGCCACUGGAAGUCCUUGUGUUCUCGUUUCGCCAUUGCCAAAACACUGGCGCUCCAACAAAACUCUGCCAAACACCUUUCGCGUAGUGGUUUUGGGCGGUGCUGAGGACGGAACGUUAGUCACCGUCCGGGCUGGCAACGACGAAAAUUGGAGCCCAGAAUUGCGCAACUCGGUGGCCCAAGUGAAAAAUAACGUGGCCAAGUUCAAUGAUCUUCGUUUCGUUGGUCGAUCUGGAAGAGGAAAGAGUUUUACAUUGACCAUCACCAUCUGCACGUCACCACCUGUAGUUACAACUUAUAACAAAGCGAUCAAAAUAUCAGUGGACGGACCCCGAGAGCCGCGAAGCAAAUCACGUCAACAAUUCAGGGGCCUCAUUUUGGGACCACACCAUCAUCCUUUUCUUUCAUCAACCUUGCCAGUUGCUCAAGAAUCUCAUUUUCUCGAAGGCCAAGAUUCGUUGGCUUCAAGGAUAUCUACUUCUUAUCAAGGUUACUCUUCAAAUUACAACACGGGAAUCAGUUUAUGUAACAAGGAAUCCAGAACAUGGCCUUCUAAUUGCAUGUCUUCUCAUCAUCCGAAACUAGCUUUCAACCCCCCUUCGACCGGUACGUCAGCAGUUCAGGAAUCCAUUCAUUACAACGGUUAUCCUUCCUAUAUAUCAGCAGAAAAAUUUGGAAAAACUGAUAGUCGGAUGCCUUCAAUCAGUUCCUUGGUCUCAAUCACUGACACACCCAUGAUGGAACCUCUAGGCUCACUUGUGUUUUCUGAUCGUCCACCAAUCCAUGUUCAGAAACUUUUGCCGAGUUCUGAAAAUAUUGUUACAAACUCCAACAACAUUUUCCUUAGUAUUAACACUGUUCCAUUUCCUGACACCUUUCUCUACCCCCAUUUUUCAAAUAAAAAUAGUACCUUUGAUUCUGUUAACAGGUCUAGUAGCAGUAGUAGCGCUUCAAAAUUAAAUUUUCCUAUUGGUACAUCUUCCAAUUUAACGAAACCUAUGUUAAGUACACAAAAAAACCAUUCCGCUUCGGUUUGGCGUCCAUAUUGAGCACAAUGUUCUUUUGACUUUUUUAUAAAUAUAAUUGGUGUAUAAUACGAA